AUGCUGGACACCAGCGACAUCUAUGGCCCCUUCACCAACGAAGAGCUCGUGGGGAAAGCAAUUGCCACUAUACCCCGAGAGAAGGUGACCCUUGCCACAAAGUUUGCCCUUUACUACAAAGAGGAUGGUUCCAUGGCUGUAGAUGGCAGCAGGAAGCAUGUCAGGGAAGCCUGUGAAGCGUCCCUGAAGCGACUUGGGGUCGACUACAUCGACCUGUACUACAUGCACCGGAAAGACCCUGGUGUGCCCAUCGAGGAUACAAUGGCAGAGCUCAAACUGCUGGUGGAUGAGGGCAAGAUCAAGUACAUUGGCGUCAGCGAGACCAGCCCGGAGGACAUUCGCAGGGCACAUGCUGUCCACCCACUCUCGGCUGUGCAGCUGGAGUGGAGCCUGUGGACGCGGGAGUCCGAGGAGGACAUCAUUCCCUUGUGCCGAGAGCUGGGCAUAGGCAUUGUUGCAUACUCCCCGCUGGGUCGCGGCUUCCUGACGGGGCAGCUGAAGCCAGAGGAUCUCGACAGCAAGGAUUCCAGGAAGUCCUUCCCCCGCUUCCAGGAAGCAGCAUUUGAACAGAACAUGAAACUGGUGGAAGCUGUGAAGAAGCUGGCAAAUUCAAAGGAUGCCACAGCAGGCCAGCUGGCGCUCGCCUGGGUUCUGGCUCAGGGAGAUGAUGUGGUGCCCAUCCCGGGGACAAAGCGCGUCAAGUACUUGGAGGAGAACCUGGGGGCGUUGGACGUCACCCUGACUGCAGAGGAUCUGGCCGAGCUGGCACGCAUUGCCGACCCCUCCAAUGUCACAGGGGCACGCUACAACGAGGCGGCAAUGAAGGCGAAUGGCUUACUCCAGAAAGUGAGCGUGCAGCGCACGGAUAGUAAGGGCAGAGCCCAAGCCUAG